AUGGCAGACGUAGAACCUAGGAGAGCCAAGAGCCCGCGUCGCGGCCGAGGCCGGGGUCGGGGCCGGGGCCUGGGUCAGCGGCGACCUCAAACCUGGGAGAUCUCCGACUCAGACGGCGAAGGGGCCGCCUCCAGGGAAGUCGGCACGCAAACCUCGAGUACAGUAAGAGAGCACAGGGCGGCGGCCAAGGCGUUACGGGCGGAUCAGGUCCUGAGUCGUCUGGCGGUGUGCGUGGAUCCAGCUGUCCUGGAAUAUGCAGGCUCCGACAUCCUGAUGGAGGCGCUGGGCAAGCUAGGCUGUGAAUGCCGCAUCGAGCCGCAGCACCAGUCCCGCAGCCUGCAGUGGAGCGUUGUGAGGCCCGAUCCAGCCCCCAGCCGUGUGCCUCUGGAGGCGUGGGCUGAGAAUGAGCAGGAACAGUUGCUGCUGCUAGAACCCCAGGAGUUUCUUCAGAGUGCUAUGCAGCUGACCCAGAUCACAGGUCCACCUUGCUCCAUGCCCUGGCUUUCUCCCAACAGCCCCAUCCGCCCCCACCUGGCUGUCAUUGGACUGGAUGCAUACCUGUGGUCUCACCAGCCCAGUUCUCAGAAGACAUGGCAGCUACAGAAGUCAAAGGAAGCCCAUGCCGAGGUGGCCAUCAGUUGGCUCGAGGUGGAGGAGGCCCUGGUGCUGCUUCAGCUCCAUGCAAACCUGGAUGUGCUGCUGGUGGCCUCGUGGCGGGAGCUGAGUCAGUACGUGUGUGCCUUCACCAAGGCCCUCUCCCAGCGCCCCUCCAAGCAGUACCGGGACUCCUGGGCCUUUUCCUUCUGCACAGCAGGGCACUGGGCCUCAGGCCAGCAAGUGACCAAAGAUGGCUCUGGGCUCCGAGGAGUGUGGUGGCGGCAAAUCAGGCAGUUCAACCGGGUCAGCCCAGCUGUGGCUGAUGCUGUUGUCACUGCCUUCCCCUCCCCCCGCCUUCUGCAACAGGCUCUACUGGACUGCAGCACAGAGCAGGAGCGCCUGAGUCUCCUAGCUGACCUCCCUGUGAAGGUCCAGAGAGGCAGGCAGCCCCGUAGGGUGGGACCUGACAUCUCACGCCGAAUCUGUAUCUUCUUGACUACCACCAACCCCGACCUCCUGCUGGACCUGAGCUCUUGACCACACCUGUGACAUCCUUGGGCUGCCUCCUGACCAUCAGCAGAAUAGGACAAGCCUGCCCAAGAGACUGACUAAGUCACUCUGAGAGGCAGGCAAGGUUUAGGGCCAGUCACCAUACUUUUUUCAGUCUGGGGUAGACUAUUGUUCCCUGGUCAAAUGGAAGCAUUGUGGGAGGUGAGGGGGUAAGGGAAGCUAGGGUGAAGAGAAGAGUCUGGAAGGUAGCAGGCAGCAAGGGCCCUGAAGUGACUGGGGCUUCACCGUGCCUUCGACCUGGACACUGGUUGCAGGGCUGA